AAAGAAUCUAUUGUAGAAUUUCAUAUAUGGAAGAGUUCGUGAUCUUGCUAAUCAAGCAGCCAGACUACAAGAGCCGUUUCCAGAAUCAAAACUUGUAUUAAAAGUGCUAAGGUCACUGCCAGAAAGGUUUGAUAUGGAUGUCAAGGCAAUCUCCCAAUCACAUAAUGCGAAGAAGAUGACACUUGAUGCUCUAAUGGGUAAUCUUGAAACAAUCGAACUAAACAUGAAAGAGGAUAGCAAGAGAAGAAAACCUGAGAAACAAAUCGCCUUUCUGGGAACAGACCUGGAGGGUGAUGGAGAAGAAUUCCAAGAACAGCUAUCCUUAUUCACAAAGCAGUUCAAGAAGAAGUGGAUUCAAAAGAAGGGAAAGAACCCAAGUCAAGAGGGACCUUCUAAGUCAUCCACGUUCAGGGAGUCACGUUUCAAAGAAGGAAAAUCCUAUGAUAACAGUAUCAAGUACAAAGGCCCACUGUGCUUUGAAUGUGGUGGACACGGGCAUAUCAGGACUGAGUGUGCGAACAACCAUAAAAAGAAAAGACAAGCAUUUUCAAUUACCUGGAGUGAUGAGGAUUCUGACGAAGAUCAAGGCUGUGGAGAAAGCAACUGUGCUUUUGUCUCACAAUCUGAGCCAGAUGAUCUAAUGGAGAAGCACAUAGAUCUUCAGGAAAAAUGGACUGAACUGCUUAUGGUUAACAGAAGGAAUAUAGCAGAAAAGAAUCAGCUGACACUUGAUCUAAAAGUUCUGAAGCUGAGUCUAGAAAAAGCAGAAACAGACAAUGCAGAUCUAAAAUUUGAACUGCAAAAGCUCAAAGACUACAUCAAGUGGAUGAAGAUAGCUGGGGCAGAAGUACUGGAUGCACAGGAUUUAAUGUUCAAAGCACCAGGAGACAGACAAGGAAUUGGAUGCGACAUCAACAUGAAAACAGAUGAUCCACCCAGAAAAGACAGGAUGAACAUAGACAAGAACACCAGAGGAAACCAUCACCCAACAGUAAAACCAAUCAGGAGUUACAGUGUCAAACGUCACAAAAGGAACUCAUGGACAUACCAAUACUACAGCCCUUCUCCUUCUUCGAUCGAAGCACGCCACCGCCACAACCCCAUCUUCUCCUUCUUCUCCGGCGAGCAACAGCACGAUGGUGGGGCGACGAACCCGAACCCCCGGCGACCACAUCCCGCGACCUAGCGGCUCAAGGACUCGGCGAUGAGUAGACCCGACCCAGUUCCUUGGUGGCUCCCUCUCGAUUUCCGGCGUUCCCAGCGAGACCCAGCAACUCGCCGACCUCCUCUCGACGGCGAGGAGCAAUCCAGCAGCGGGGGAACGAGCGGUGACUUCCGGUGGUUGUGCAGCGGCGGCAGGUGGCGUGGGUGACGGCUCCGGCGAUCCCCAUUGUUCGGUCAGCUUCCGGUGAUGGUGGGUAAGCGGCGGGCUAGCCCUCUGCUCCGGCGAACGAUCUCUAGCGACUGAUCGGUUGGGUUCGAGCAGGCUUGGGCAGCGACGGGUAUGCUCGGAUGGUGUUAACUGUUUCGAGGAGGUUGACGACGAAACCCGAACAACCUUCGAAUCGAAUCGACAAAUCGAGGUAAUCAUGGAGGGGUUGACUGGGAAAUACAUCCUGGAGGGCAGCGUGACGGAGGAGAUGUACGGAUGCAGGGAUUUAAUAAUGUCUGAUUUAAUUAUAAAGCUUCCGCACUGUUUGUAUAAACUCCGAUAUGUAUUUAAAUGGUUUGAAUAGUUUUAGUUGUUAAAUUAAAUGUUUUUAUUUAUU